AUGUUGGCUUCUCUGGCACUGCUGGUGUACACCUUGGCUCUGAACCCCGUUCAGGCAACCGCAUGUGAAGGAAGCUUCGAGGGCUGCGACUUGGACGACGGCGAGAUCUCGUUGCGCCAGCUUCGUGCCGUCAGGCAACAAGAGCUAGAAGGGGCAGAGGCGGAGAAGAACAACAAUGAUGCGCUGGCGCAGGAGGGCGAUGAAGACCUGACAAAGACCAGCAGCGAUUGGGGCCCUAGCCCACCGCCACCAAGCCCUCCAAGCUAUUGGGGUCCCAGCCCACCACCCAGCAAUUGGGGCCCCAGCCCACCGCCAAGCAACUGGGGUGCCCCACGGUCGACUGAGAAGUGUUGCCAGUGCACGUCUGGCAGCGUUGGUUGGUCGGCCAGCGGGCGCUGCUCCUUCUGCCAUGGCCAGGUCUCCAAGACCGCAAACCCUCCAUACGAGUGCCAGAAGAGCAGCCCCAAGUUCAUGGGGAGCCAUGCGUGUGCUAAGACUUGCAAAUCCCAAGUUAAACAGGACAGCUUUUCUUGGCUGGAGGAGGCAGCGACGGAGGAGAACGAAGACGAGGCACUGGCACAGGAGGGCGAUGAAGACCUGACAAAGACCAGCAGCGAUUGGGGCCCUAGCCCACCGCCACCAAGCCCUCCAAGCUAUUGGGGUCCCAGCCCACCACCCAGCAAUUGGGGCCCCAGCCCGCCGCCAAGCAACUGGGGUGCCCCACGGUCGACUGAGAAGUGUUGCCAGUGCACGUCUGGCAGCGUUGGUUGGUCGGCCAGCGGGCGCUGCUCCUUCUGCCACGGCCAGGUCUCCAAGACCGCAAACCCUCCAUACGAGUGCCAGAAGAGCAGCCCCAAGUUCAUGGGGAGCCAUGCGUGUGCUAAGACUUGCAAAUCCCAAGUUAAACAGAACAGCUUUUCUUGGCUGGAGGAGGCAGCGACGGAGGAGAACGAAGAUGAGGCACUGGCUCAGGAGGGCGAUGAAGACCUGACGAAGACCAGCAGCGAUUGGGGCCCUAGCCCACCGCCACCAAGCCCUCCAAGCUAUUGGGGUCCUAGCCCACCACCCAGCAAUUGGGGCCCCAGCCCGCCGCCCAACAAUUGGGGUGCCCCGCGGUCGACUGAGAAGUGUUGCCAGUGCACGUCUGGCAGCGUUGGUUGGUCGGCCAGCGGGCGCUGCUCCUUCUGCCAUGGCCAGGUCUCCAAGACCGCAAACCCUCCAUACGAGUGCCAGAAGAGCAGCCCCAAGUUCAUGGGGAGCCAUGCGUGUGCUAAGACUUGCAAAUCCCAAGUUAAACAGGACAGCUUUUCUUGGCUGGAGGAGGCAGCGACGGAGGAGAACGAAGACGAGGCACUGGCACAGGAGGGCGAUGAAGACCUGACAAAGACCAGCAGCGAUUGGGGCCCUAGCCCACCGCCACCAAGCCCUCCAAGCUAUUGGGGUCCCAGCCCACCACCCAGCAAUUGGGGCCCCAGCCCACCGCCAAGCAACUGGGGUGCCCCGCGGUCGACUGAGAAGUGUUGCCAGUGCACGUCUGGCAGCGUUGGUUGGUCGGCCAGCGGGCGCUGCUCCUUCUGCCAUGGCCAGGUCUCCAAGACCGCAAACCCUCCAUACGAGUGCCAGAAGAGCAGCCCCAAAUUCAUGGGGAGCCAUGCGUGUGCUAAGACUUGCAAAUCCCAAGUUAAACAGAACAGCUUUUCUUGGCUGGAGGAGGCAGCGACGGAGGAGAACGAAGAUGAGGCACUGGCUCAGGAGGGCGAUGAAGACCUGACGAAGACCAGCAGCGAUUGGGGCCCUAGCCCACCGCCACCAAGCCCUCCAAGCUAUUGGGGUCCUAGCCCACCACCCAGCAAUUGGGGCCCCAGCCCGCCGCCCAACAAUUGGGGUGCCCCGCGGUCGACUGAGAAGUGUUGCCAGUGCACGUCUGGCAGCGUUGGUUGGUCGGCCAGCGGGCGCUGCUCCUUCUGCCAUGGCCAGGUCUCCAAGACCGCAAACCCUCCAUACGAGUGCCAGAAGAGCAGCCCCAAGUUCAUGGGGAGCCAUGCGUGUGCUAAGACUUGCAAAUCCCAAGUUAAACAGGACAGCUUUUCUUGGCUGGAGGAGGCAGCGACGGAGGAGAACGAAGACGAGGCACUGGCACAGGAGGGCGAUGAAGACCUGACAAAGACCAGCAGCGAUUGGGGCCCUAGCCCACCGCCACCAAGCCCUCCAAGCUAUUGGGGUCCCAGCCCACCACCCAGCAAUUGGGGCCCCAGCCCGCCGCCAAACAAUUGGGGUGCCCCACGGUCGACUGAGAAGUGUUGCCAGUGCACGUCUGGCAGCGUUGGUUGGUCGGCCAGCGGGCGCUGCUCCUUCUGCCAUGGCCAGGUCUCCAAGACCGCAAACCCUCCAUACGAGUGCCAGAAGAGCAGCCCCAAGUUCAUGGGGAGCCAUGCGUGUGCUAAGACUUGCAAAUCCCAAGUUAAACAGGACAGCUUUUCUUGGCUGGAAGAGGAUCAUGACGAGGCGGAAGCAUAG